AUGCCCUCUCUCACUCAGAAUGACGCUGCCAACGACGAACGGUUGAAAGCCGCCCUGUGGUAUUCCAUCGGAAAGACUGUCGAUGCCGUUGCUUUGGACCAAAAUAUCAACUCUACGCCAAUAUUCAUCGGCGCUCUGACGGAACUGGUCCAUACGAAGAUCAGCACAUCGGCAGCUGACAUGGAGGCCUUUGCGAAGCACGCUGGGCACUCUGUUAUCAACGUCAAAGACGUCUCGCUACUCGCGCGCCACAACGAAGCGCUCCAAGAAGUUCUCAAGGAGAAGGCCGAGAAUGUGCGAAAACACGACAAAUGA